UACAUAAAAAAAAAAAUCAAUUUUAGAAUAAAGCUGUAACGUAAGAACAUGUAGAAAAAGUCAAGGGGUCUGAAUACUCUCCGAAUGCACUGUGUACACGGGGUACCAAUACCAAGUCGAUUUGGGUACAACGUAAUGGAGGGAGAUACUGUACAUAUAAUGAGCAAUAAAGUGGCAGAUAAUAAACAGUAACAGCAGCGUAUGUGAUGAGUCCAAAACGUUAGUGCAAAAAGGGUCAAUGCAGAUAGCCUGGGUAGCUAUUUGGUUAACUAUUAAACUAUUUGUGACCGCUCGAGGUAACCUAGUUAGCCCUAUUACAACAACACUAUGCCAGGUUAUUAUAGGUAACCUAGUUAGUCCUAUUACAACAACACUAUGACAGGUUAUUAUAGGUAGCCUAGUUAGUCCUAUUACAACAACACGAUGACAGGUUAUUAUAGGUAACCUAGUUAGUCCUAUUACAACAACACUAUGACAGGUUAUUAUAGGUAACCUAGUUAGCCCUAUUACAACAACACGAUGACAGGUUAUUAUAGGUAGCCUAGUUAGCCCUAUUACAACAACACUAUGACAGGUUAUUAUAGGUAACCUAGUUAGCCCUAUUACAACAACACUAUGCCAGGUUAUUAUAGGUAACCUAGUUAGUCCUAUUACAACAACACUAUGACAGGUUAUUAUAGGUAGCCUAGUUAGCCCUAUUACAACAACACUAUGACAGGUUAUUAUAGGUAACCUAGUUAGUCCUAUUACAACAACACUAUGACAGGUUAUUAUAGGUAACCUAGUUAGCCCUAUUACAACAACACUAUGACAGGUUAUUAUAGGUAACCUAGUUAGCCCUAUUACAACAACACUAUGACAGGUUAUUAUAGGUAGCCUAGUUAGCCCUAUUACAACAACACUAUGACAGGUUAUUAUAGGUAACCUAGUUAGUCCUAUUACAACAACACUAUGACAGGUUAUUAUAGGUAGCCUAGUUAGCCCUAUUACAACAACACUAUGACAGGUUAUUAUAGGUAGCCUAGUUAGCCCUAUUACAACAACACUAUGCCAGGUUAUUAUAGGUAACCUAGUUAGCCCUAUUACAACAACACUAUGACAGGUUAUUAUAGGUAACCUAGUUAGCCCUAUUACAACAACACUAUGACAGGUUAUUAUAGGUAACCUAGUUAGCCCUAUUACAACAACACUAUGACAGGUUAUUAUAGGUAACCUAGUUAGCCCUAUUACAACAACACUAUGCCAGGUUAUUAUAGGUAACCUAGUUAGCCCUGUUGAUCAGUCAGCAAACAUUUGAAUUAUAAGAAUGACACGACAGCAGGAGAAAUAGUUUAUGUCGGAGCUGGAAUUUAUUCUACACAUGUUUGAAACAGCAAUGCUGUCAGUCAGGUCUGGUAAUUUGAUGCUGAGGUUCUGUUUACAUGUGCGUUUGGGGUUCAACCAUUUACUAUAUGUGUUUCAUAACAAAACACUUUGUUUUCUCGGCUAUGGUUUGUUAGGUCUUGGUUGUUCUUCGAGGAACUGUAGAGUAGCUAACUGCAGUGUUUGUCCUGUCUAAAAUCUGUCUACCUCGUCUUACCGUAGCUAGGUCUGUACACUGCAAAUGAACGUGAGUACCGUGGCAGUUUCCCAAAGUGUGUUGGUUUUAAUCUUAUGUUGGCUAAGGCUACUUGGCUAUCAUUGCAGCAAAGGAAGUUCGCUAACUUAGUUUAUUUGUGCAUAUUUGUUUUCUCCGAUUACAAGGAAAGCUAGCUAGCCAAGUAAGGUUUUUCACUCGAAGGCUGAAGUCAUGUGUAAACUACUGAUCGUCUAGCUAGCUUUUCUCGCUUGUUGGUUAGCUACUUAGUCAAGGGUAGUUCUCAUCAUACUGGUAUAACUUUACGUUAGCUUUCCUCGCUUGUUGGUUAGCUACUUAGCCAAGGGUAGUUCUCAUCAUUCUGGUAUAACUUUACGCUAGCUUUCCUCGCUUGUUGGUUAGCUAUUUAGCCAAGGGUAGUUCUCAUCAUUCUGGUAUAACUUUACGCUAGCUUUCCUCGCUUGUUGGUUAGCUACUUAGUCAAGGGUAGUUCUCAUCAUACUGGUAUAACUUUAAGCUAGCUUUCCUCGCUUGUUGGUUAGCUACUUAGUCAAGGGUAGUUCUCAUCAUACUGGUAUAACUUUACGUUAGCUAACGAGCUAAUCAAAACCAAACCACAUUCACACUUGACCUUAUUUUAGCGCCAAAUACGUCCAGGUGAAGUGUAAUAAUAAUACCAUUGUACAGCCGAAUUCCUCCCCUUUCUAGCGAAAUCGACGAGGGGACCUCCAUGCUGCCCGCCACAACACCCCUUUCUAGCGAAAUCAACGAGGGGACCUCCAUGCUGCCCGCCACAACACCCCUUUCUAGCGAAAUCGACGAGGGGACCUCCAUGCUGCCCGCCACAACACCCCUUUCUAGCGAAAUCGACGAGGGGACCUCCAUGCUGCCCGCCACAACACCCCUUUCUAGCGAAAUCGACGAGGGGACCUCCAUGCUGCCCGCCACAACACCCCUUUCUAGCGAAAUCGACGAGGGGACCUCCAUGCUGCCCGCCACAACACCCCUUUCUAGCGAAAUCGACGAGGGGACCUCCAUGCUGCCCGCCACAACACCCCUUUCUAGCGAAAUCGACGAGGGGACCUCCAUGCUGCCCGCCACAACACCCCUUUCUAGCGAAAUCGACGAGGGGACCUCCAUGCUGCCCGCCACAACACCCCUUUCUAGCGAAAUCGACGAGGGGACCUCCAUGCUGCCCGCCACAACACCCCUUUCUAGCGAAAUCGACGAGGGGACCUCCAUGCUGCCCGCCACAACACCCCUUUCUAGCGAAAUCGACGAGGGGACCUCCAUGCUGCCCGCCACAACACCCCUUUCUAGCGAAAUCGACGAGGGGACCUCCAUGCUGCCCGCCACAACACCCCUUUCUAGCGAAAUCAACGAGGGGACCUCCAUGCUGCCCGCCACAACACCCCUUUCUAGCGAAAUCAACGAGGGGACCUCCAUGCUGCCCGCCACAACACCCCUUUCUAGCGAAAUCAACGAGGGGACCUCCAUGCUGCCCGCCACAACACCCCUUUCUAGCGGAAUCAACGAGGGGACCUCCAUGCUGCCCGCCACAACGGAUGGGGAAGCGAAGGCUACUGCGCGAUAGUGAAAGGGGAAGAUAUGUUGUGUGGGGAAACUGCUUUUUUCUCCCGAUUUGUCCAACUUAUCACCUCUAAAAUGAGUUUAUAUAAUGUCUCAUUUCAUACCUAUUUUAAGGUUUGUGUCGAAUUUGAAUAGGGGUUUUAGGGCGGGGCUAAUGUUAGCUUCACAAGUAAACUGCGGCUGUCACUGCUUUUGAGAGUCAUGAUGACGCGCAGUGAUGAUGACUCAAAAAAUGCACUAUUGAUUGAAUUAAUUAUUGAUGAACUCGCGAGUAAUUCACUUUACACUCACCAUUGAUAAUGUAUUGAUAAAUUAAUAAAUAUCGUUAAAUAUAUGAGUUACACAAAGUAGGGAACUUUAUUUUCAGAGGGGAUGGAUUCUGUUCAAAGAGAGAGAUGAAGGAACAAUGUUACUUUAUAUAAUGUGACUGAACAAAGCAUGAGAAUGAUGAGGGUUAAUAUGCAACAACUUACAAUAGCACAAGAUACAUAAUUGUAUAAACUACUUAACAUGAGUAAAUUACUGUAUAAAGCAACAAUAUGAAUAUAAAAAGAAAUAUAACAACUAAUAACAGUUGUAACACCAACUGACCUCUGACCUUUCACUUCAUCAUAUACACUGUGUACAUGAACACCUGCUCUUUCCAUGAAAUAGGCAGUAACGUUAUGUCGGAUUACAUGGAAAUUAUAUCCACAUUUGUGAGUCCAUUUCCUUGCAACUAUCUUAGAAAUUAUGUUGCAUGAACACACAAAAAAUACACAUUUAAUUGUAUUUUGACAGGAAAUGUCUGGAAAGGGAAAGGGCCACAUGCACCGCUCCACUCCCGAACAGCUAUAGGCUGCUAACGAGGAAGUGAAUGCAGGGAGGAGCCUGAGGGAGGUGCCUCCUUUCAGUACCUGUUUACAGGGAAGCCGAUGGUCCAAAAACAUUCCACAUAGUUCAUAACUAUUGCAGUUUGGUGACACGCUGUACAAGGUCACUGAACUGGCUAUGCACUUUGGUCCCGUUCACUUUCUUCACCUUCACAUCCAACAGCAGAAAGAGAGGCAGGAAUAUCGCGUCUCAAUUUGAGUUAGAGCAUGUCAUUUACAAACAACUUUGAUAGAUAGCGUGUUAUUGACAUGCGUUAUUGCACACGAAUGAGAUUUCCCAAUUAUUGAAUAAAGCACUCGUGAAUAGGUUGGCACAGCAAAGGUAUUUCAAAACACGUGAACACAGCAAACAUGAGAGCAAAAAUAGGACAGCUCUUUGUCAGCAGGUGCCGGGUUUGUUUGUGUAGAUGCAGAUCAGAGGUUGGCACAGGGGUAUUCUGUUUAAGAUUCUGCUCAUCAAAGUCGUAUGCAAUUCAUGAUUGAUUCAUUCAGUGUUUGUGUUAUCGAUGACCACAUUGCUGUUAGCGCCCUACUCAUGAAAAAUGUGUUUAAUAUUUAGCCAUAAUAAAAUUCAUACUAAUGCUCAUGAAACGAAAAUCAUGAAUAAUGAAGGUUUCUUACUAGUGUAUAUGGUUAAUCAUGAUUUUAAUCUGAGAGAGGAGGGAUACCCCUGGUGCAAAAAGGCUGAACGGCACACAAUGAGUUGCAUAAUGCCCUACGUUACGUCGGGACACGUCACCAUGUAAUGUACAGAGGGAUCCAUUUUUUUGGUCCAAUACCAUGUCAAUCAACGCUUGAAUAGAAAUGUAGCUAACACCCUGGAUUUUGAUGCUUACACAGUUGCUACAGUCCCAAUAAUAUUCAUUGCAGCCUCGUUUGAGUGACGCACUUCUGUAUAUGCUGUUCUAUCAGGAGGAUUAAUCUGCUGUUCUAUCAGGAGGAUUAAUCUGCUGUUCUAUCAGGAGGAUUAAUCUGCUGUUGUAUCAGGAGGAUUCAUCUGCUGUUGUAUCAGGAGGAUUCAUCUGCUGUUCUAUCAGGAGGAUUCAUCUGCUGUUCUAUCAGGAGGAUUCAUCUGCUGUUGUAUCAGGAGGAUUCAUCUGCUGUUGUAUCAGGAGGAUUCAUCUGCUGUUCUAUCAGGAGGAUUCAUCUGCUGUUCUAUCAGGAGGAUUCAUCUGCUGUUGUAUCAGGAGGAUUCAUCUGCUGUUGUAUCAGGAUGAUUCAUCUGCUGUUGUAUCAGGAGGAUUCAUCUGCUGUUGUAUCAGGAUGAUUCAUCUGCUGUUCUAUCAGGAGGAUUCAUCUGCUGUUCUAUCAGGAGGAUUCAUCUGCUGUUGUAUCAGGAGGAUUCAUCUGCUGUUCUAUCAGGAGGAUUCAUCUGCUGUUGUCAUGAGGAUUCAUCUGCUGUUCUAUCAUGAGGAUUCAUCUGCUGUUGUAUCAGGAGGAUUCAUCUGCUGUUGUAUCAGGAGGAUUCAUCUGCUGUUCUAUCAGGAGGAUUCAUCAUUUUACUGGGAUUAAAUGUCAGGAAUUGUGAAAAACUGAGGUGUAUGUAAACUUCCGCCUUCAACUGUAUACAGAAAACAUUUCAUAAAA